UGCACUCAGAGUUAGGUGUGGAUCCACAUACAUAAAUAAAUUAUUGUAGCUUUUAAAAAGACAGUAAAAGAGAAGUAGCAACUGUAUUAUCUCCACUGUAGUACAAGCCGGGGAACUCAGGCAUUAGAGAGAAACUGUGAGUAAAGGCAUCUGGAAACUCCUUUUAAAGAUUUUUAUGCAUACAUACUUACAGGCAGUGUUUUAGUGAUAAAGUUUCCUGGCUGUGCAAGUUUUAUAUGGCAGGACACCUAUGUUGGGUUCAUACCUAGAUUGCUGGGGAGACAUCAUAUUAUUUAUUGAACAAAUAAGUUUUUACCUGUAAUAAAACAUGUGACAGAAGAACUCAAUGAGGAAUGGUAUAGGUUGGCUAGCAAUUAGAGGGUGCAGUCCCUUGUGGGAAGGCAUACUGGCAAAAGAAUAAGGCAGUGCUUCACAUUUCAGCUCCAGUCAGGAAGCAGAAAGCUGAGCUCAACUUGUUUGUUCUUUCAGUUUCACCUGAGACCCCAGAGAAUGAAGUGGUGCCACCCAGAUUCAGGGUGGGACAUCCCUCCUGAUUUUUAUCCUCUCUCGAAACUUCCUCAGAGAAGAUACAUCCAGAGAUGUGUUUCCACAGUGACUGUAAGCCCUGUCAAGUUGACAACGAUGUCUGUUACAGUGAUGUUCUGUUUGUGCACUGGAGUCAGAUGGGGUAAGAUGAUGAAAAGAAGCAUAAGAUUAUGCUUUGAAAUUACCAGAUGCUUCGUGUUCUGGAAUUCAAGGAUCAUUGGACAAAGCAGGGUGAUCUUGGAAGGGAAAGACAUCUUCAGCAAUCCAUCACUUUCUGUUUUCCAGUCUUGUCAGUAAAUGUUCAAAUGCUGUGAAAAUAGUACCACUUACACCUCAGACCUUCCAGUGGCUAUCACAACUGUCCAGCUACUUCUGUAAUUGCUUCUAUCUGCUAUUUUCCAAGUUCUGGUCACUUUAUUUCCAUGGGUGAGAACUGAACAGGUAGAAAUGAAUAGCCCUGAGAAACUAUAUCACCUGCGCCCCCAAACCAUAUACUAUGCAGAUUGAGCGUUCCAGUAAAAGAACAGUAUGGUUUGCAAGAAAACUCAGUGCAAUCUCUGCAAACAGGACACUGGAUAAAAUCCCUUCACAAAAUCAGGGAAGCAUAGCAAUAGACCAGCUGGACAUGGAUUCCUCAAGCAUUGCCUUUAUUGCUGGCUGCUGCUUCUGCAGUGUCACAGAUAUAAGGCAGGAAUGUCAGGAAGGGAAUAUGGAUUUGGGGGCAAAUGUCUGGGUGGAGUCAUCCCAUGUGGACUCCAUGUCAAAGACCAAUUCCAAUGGUCCAAGUAACAGGGGGUCAGGGAGCCCUGCACAAAUGUUGCUAUUUGCUUUUUUGAGCAAGGUAUGGCUUACAACAGAGGCUUGCCUAAACUUCACAGUGAUGAUUCUGACUCACUCUACUCACUUUGGAGAUUACAACUGUCUGCCAUACGUAACUUCCUUUAAAAAAUGCAGAAUUAAUAUAAGUCAGGUGUAGUAGUGUUGAUCUUUAAUCCUAGUACCCUGGAAGCAGAGGCAAACUGAUCUCUUUGAGUUCAGGGCUAGCCUGGUCUACAAUAGUGAAUUCCGGUUCAGCCAUGUCUUCAUAGUUAGAAGCUGACUGAAAGAAAAAAAGAAUAGAAGCACAAUUUAAAAUACUUGCUUUUAAUUUGGUUUCCUUAGUUUCUCUAAUAAUGUAACACUGAGGAAAAAAUAAAUCAGUAGAUUCAUAUAUAAGUUCUCAUAAAUAAGAUAUUUUAAGUUUGGCUAAGUGUAAAUAUUAAUAUCUUCCUGUAUAGUUAAGAAGGAUAUAAUCAAUUAAGAAAUAAUACAUGUUCUAUGUAGUUGUCAGACUUCUAAGAGCCUCGAUACUAAAUGAUUUUUAUUUAAUCUGAGUGAUUAAAUAAAGAUCCAUUUUGAUUCCAGAAGACUUAGUUGACUAAAAUUCUGUAUUUACAAUGUUUGGCCUUUUAUACAGAAUAAUGAUUUGCGAGAUUGAAGUUUUUGGUGUAUACUAUAUUUAAAUUAAACUUUCUUUUUGCAAAAAUGAAAAUCAUAACAUGUUUCCCAGAGCUGGUCUGUGGUAUCACUAACCCAAAAAACCCAAACAGGUAGGUUUGUUUUUCCCUCUGUUGGUUUCAAAGCAAAACCGUGCUAGCAACCCAGAAAUGAGUCCUCAGCCCGUAGACGUUCCUCAAAGUUGAGGUCUCUCACUAUAGAGGUUCCAGCAACCUCAACUCUCUUUCUAGGUGGGAUGGUUGCCUCCCUCACCUCAUCCUGUAGGCUAUUUUAGAAAAACAAAGGGCCUAAGCACAGUAUUAGCCUUGGCCCACCAGACACUUUACAGCUUUAUGAUGUAAUUCCAAGGAGACCCUCCAUCAUGGAGCCACUCCAACUUCCUGUAGUCGCUGCUUCAGGUGUUAUGGUAGGAUCAAGUUCUAUUUACUGAAAUUUAAAUCUCUGCAGCUGUAGGACAGAUCUGUCGCUUCAGUGCACGCAGUCAUUAGGGAGCGUGUCCUGUCACUCAGGACACACUACCCAAUCAUGGCCUCCGGGUGUACCCGCCACUCAGAAUGGGCGGCGGGCUCUUCCGGGUCUCCAUGCUGAGGGUUCAGCUCUGUCUGUAGCUGAGCGGUUGUGAGUGGGUGCGUGUGCAGCGCUGUGAACGCUGUUGCUGGAAGCUGUGGGGAGAGCACGGGCGAACUGGGAAGCGACAUCAUGGAUUCAGUGACCUUUGAGGACGUGCAUAUGCACUUUACUCAGGAAGAGUGGGCUUUGCUGGAUCAUUUCCAGAAGAGUCUGUACAAAGAUGUGAUGCUGGAAACCUGCAAGAACCUCACUGCUAUAGGCUACAAAUGGGAAGACCAUAAUAUUGAAGAACCUUGUGAAAGUUCUAGAAGAUAUGAGAGUGAAUCAAGACCAUUCCUAACAGAGACCUUUCAAGUCUCCAAAAGCAGGAGAGGUCCCACAAUUAUAUUUACACUUGGAUUGAAAGUUCAGCACUGUUGCAGCCAUCUUUGUUUAGUAGUGUUUGAUCCUCAGUGUGGAGACUGUGAGAGCUUAUUGAAUCAAGCUGUGAAUGUGAAGCCUGGGCUGCCUUUUCAGGUAGCUGUUUUGAAAUACCCUGGGAUUUCUACUGUUCUACACAGACUUGGAGAAGAUAAUCUGUGGAUACCAUCAAAUUGAUAAGAUUUGAUUUGAAAAAGAGAGACCACUUAAUUAGAAGAGGUGAUAGUUCAUCAACGAGUGACCAUCCAAUUUAAACUUAUAUCAUUAACACAUGCCUUUUCAUUUAAUCAGAUGUAACUUGCCAAAAAGGAACCUCCCCAAAGUUAGUCUUGGGGGAAGGUUUUUGUUUUUGUCUUUUAGGAGAAUGAAGGCUAAGAAAUCUGAAGAACACUGGACAAAUAAGACAACUGAAGAAAAAGGAGAAAUCAUCUAAAAAUUUCCCAAGAAAAAGAGUAAAAUUGCCUACUGGUAUAUCAUCUUUAAAAUUUCAUAAGUCUUCCUAAAUGUUUGUCUCUGCUCUUCUCUAAAUGCAUUUAACACUAAUGGUCUUCUUGUAGUCCCAGUUAAAUUAAAUUUAAAGCUGGCUUUGGAGUUGGAGAAUGGCUCUCUCCUUCUUUAAACCCAAGCAUGUUGUUAAAAGGAAAAUGCAAACUCUCUGUAUUAUGCCAGAGGAAAGAGCUAUCUUCUGAUAUGGGACAGGAGAAAACAAACAAAACACUUUA